AAUCACUCAAAAGAAGAAGCAAAAGGCAGCCAACAAGGGAAGCGCCGCCGCCGGCUGGCAGGAGCACCAUGGCUUCCUCCCCCUCCGUCAACCCGGAACGCGGUCUCGUCCCCGCAGCCGAGUUCCUCGCUGCCUACGCUGCCAUGCCCACGAGGUCUACGGUCCCCGAGGUCUUCUCCUCGAUCCUGGACACCCAGGACAAGGUCGACGCGCUCUGCAAGAAGUACGGCGUGCCCCAAGAGUUCACCGGGCACCCCGCCGGCGACCUGCGCGCGAACUCUACGCCGCCGCCGGGGUCCAUCUGCGUGUACGCGCGCUCGCUGGAGGCCGGGAUGCCCGUCCCGCUGCACGGCUUCUUCCGCGAGGCCCUCUCCCACUUCGGCAUCGCGCCGGCCCAGCUCACGCCCAACGGGUGGCGCUUCAUGGCGGGCUUCCUCGCGAUCUGCCGCUCCGCCGGCGUGCCUCCGUCGCUCGCGGUGUUCCUGCGCUUCUUCACCCUGUACGCAUUCGACCGCAAGCACAGGAAAGGGUGGUACUUUUUCCGAUGCAGGCGGGACAACUUCAGCUUGCGCUUCACGGGGAUGCCGAGCGCGGCUUCCAAAUCCAUCGACGGCUGGAAACACGACUUCUUCUUCCUCUCGUCGCCGGAGCCGUGGAAUUGCGCCGUGGAGUGGGGCGAGCCAUCCAACCGCUGCUCCAAAAACCUGAAGCUCACCGUUGAGGAAACCAAAUCGGCGGUGAAGCUGAUAAGUGCUCAUGGUGGCGGCCCCGUUGAUCUCCGGAACCUGCUCCCUGCUAAGUGCUCAGGGAGGCGCUGCCGUCUCUGCGACACCAACCUUUGUGCCGCCAUGCCCAUGAUAGCAACAGCAUCCCCGCCGCCGCCGCCUUCUUCAGCUUGCUGUUCCAAAGGUAUGGAUCCCUCCGUCCAUGACAUGAUGAAGACUGUGCCGGCGAAGAAGUUGGCCGCGCAAGCGUCGGCGAAGAAGAGGACCUGGGAGGAAGCCAACGGCAUAGAAGAGGUUCUGCCUCUUUCAGUGCUGCACAGUGUGCACUCGCCACCGCCACACCACUACCCCAGCAGGAACGACGGACACACCGCAGACUGGGAGGCUGCACUGGAGCGCGGGUUCGGCGCGAACGAGCCUACCGACGACGCAUCGAUUUGGCAGGCCGCGAACUACGUGAUCGAGCUGGAGGAGAAGCUGGUGGGCAGGGACCGCGACGCCGCGACUCUGCGAGAGCAACUGGAGGGGGCGAAGAAGGAGCUCGCCUCGGCAAAGCUGGCGGCGGACGCGGAGCGGGAGAAGGCUAGGUCCGAUGUCGCCGCGGCGGGAGCAGAGCUGGAGAAGACCAAAGCAGAGCUCGCCGCGGCAAAGCGCGCGGUGGACGCGGAGGGGGUGAAGACGAAAGCCGAGCUCGCUGCGGCUCGGGCGGAGGCGGUCAAGACGAAGGCCGAGCGCACUGCGGCUUGGGAGGAGCUGGACAAGACAAAGGCCGAGCUCGCCGCUACAAAGCGAUCAGCGGAAGCGGAGCUGGUGCAGGCCAGGGCCGAGCUCACCGCGGCGAAGCGCGCAGCGGAGACGGAGCUGGUGAAGGCGAAGGCCAAGCUGACCGCAGUGGAGGCGGAGCUGGAGAGCGCCAAGGCGGCGGCGGUGCAGCAGCUCCUGGCCUCCGAGGAGCACGUGCGGCAGAGCGCGGAGGACGCGCUGGAGGGAUACAAGCGCUGGAGAGGUCACCACGCUCCGGCUGGUCGUGCCGCCUGAGAGGUUGCCCGGUGAUCGGUUUUCUGGAAUUUAAAACAUUCUCUGGAUGGCUAAACGAAGAUCACAAACAAACCUUCUGUAGCUGCAGUUUUGUGAGAUACUAGUACAACAUUGCAGUGUAGCACCCGUUGCUAUGUGAUUUUCUUGUUCCAAGCUCAGGUCACAAUUGACAAGGGAGGUUCGUUUGUUGGUGCA